AACGCAAACAUGUCAACAGCCUUUCCAGGACUUGUCCACGAUGCAGAGAUACGUCACGAUGGAUCAAAUAGCUACCGUUUGAUGCAGCUUGGAUGCCUGGAAUCCGUGGCAAACUCGUCUGUCGCGUAUUCCUCGACCUCUCCACUAACUUACUCCACCACGGGCACCGAGUUUGCUUCCCCGUAUUUUUCCGCUAAUCACCAGUAUACCCCACUUCAUCACCAGUCCUUCCACUACGAGUUCCAGCACAGUCACCCGGCUGUUAACCCAGAUGCCUAUUCACUGAACAGCCUUCACCAUUCCCAGCAGUACUACCAGCAGCUCCACCAUGGGGAGCCUGCAGACUUUAUUAACAUCCAUAACGCCCGAGCAUUAAAGACCUCCUGUCUCGAUGAGCAGAGAAGAGAGUUAGGGUGUCUGGAUCCCUACCGCCGGCACGACCUGUCUCUGAUGAGUCACGGCUCUCAGUAUGGCAUGCACCCAGAUCAGAGACUCUUGCCUGGAUCCAGUUUGGGGCUGCCACCAACGGGAGCCGAAGACCUGCAGGGCACUGUGGAAGCUCAAUGUGGCUUAGUUUUAAAUAAUCAAGCUGGAGUGAUACGCAGAGGAGGAACCUGUGUCGUAAAUCCAACUGAUUUGUUCUGCUCGGUGCCUGGACGUUUAUCCCUACUCAGUUCAACUUCAAAAUAUAAAGUAACGAUUGCUGAAGUCAAGAGGCGUCUCUCUCCCCCAGAAUGCCUCAAUGCAUCUCUUUUGGGAGGUAUAUUGAGAAGAGCCAAAUCCAAAAAUGGAGGCCGCUGCUUAAGAGAAAAACUGGACAGACUUGGUCUAAAUUUACCAGCUGGAAGGAGAAAAGCAGCAAACGUCACUCUGCUGACUUCCUUAGUAGAAGGUGAAGCUCUUCAUUUGGCUCGAGAUUUUGGUUACACCUGUGAAACAGAGUUUCCAACCAAGGCAGUGGGGGAGACCUUAGGCAGGCAGCAAACUGAACAGAAGGAUCAGACAGCCCGGAAGAAAAUGAUAUUAGCAACCAAACAGAUUUGUAAAGAAUUUCAGGACUUGUUAAGCCAGGACAGGUCGCCACUUGGAUCUUCUAGACCAACCCCAAUCCUCGACCUUGAUAUACAGAGACACCUAACACAUUUUAGCCUGAUAACACAUGGAUUCGGAACACCAGCCAUUUGUGCUGCACUCAGCACCUUUCAAACUGUUUUAAGUGAAAUGCUAAACCACUUAGAAAAGCAUUCAACAAUCAAAAACAGUGGCACACCAGACACCAACCAGAUUAAUUCCAACUCUGAAAAAACACCCUUCCGGAAAACAUCAGAAACGCAGUCCAAAGAUGGAAAGAAUGAGAAAACAGAGUAA